UCACGUUUCUAUAUCAGUUAUCGAGAAGCAAUUUCGAAAGAAACAUGAAGCCAAUAUUAGUAACUUGUCUUUUUUUGGCUGCUUUCGCCGUUACUUACACUUGUGUAAGUGGACAGUCUGAAGCACCCGGAAGUACAACGUUACCACCAUCAGAUGAUAACAGCACUUCUACUGAUACUCCUUCAAAUUCUACGGGAACACCUACAUUGCAACCUUCGCCACCACCAUCUCAUAGACCACCUCAUCAUAGACCACCACACCAUAGACCUCCUCAUUGCCAUCAUCAUCAUCACGGACAUCAUGGACAUCACGGACAUCACGGACCACAUCCUGGACAUCAACGUGAACGUCGCGAGGAACCACAAGCCGAACACCAUCACCAUCACCAUGGACAUCAUCACGGAUUUCCAAUUCCAAUUCCAAUUCCUGGAGGAAUUGACAUACAAUUCUAAACUAUUCAUACACUGAUAAAAAAUUGUAUAUGGUCCGAGCAAUCAAAUGUUCGGUUAGUACAACCAAACUUUUGUUAGGCUAACCAAACAAUUCGGUUGGCACAACCAAAGUUUGGUUGUGCUGACAAAACAUUUUUUUCAGUGUAUCUAAAUACCCAAAUAUCUAAAAAUCUGAAAAUAUUCUAAAUAUUCCUAUUAUUUUCACAUGUAGUUUUUGAUUGACUAAUUCAAUAAAAAUUCACAAAAAGAAUGAAAAAAUCUUAA